GUUGACAGUAAAUAAAUCGACUAUCCAAUGAUUUCCGUAUUUCCCUUUUUCAAUAUUCCUUAAUAUAAUUGAUUAAGAAGAUUCAAAGACUUUAAAGGAAUACUCUUAUUCAACAAAAUGUAGUUCAUUCAUAAAUUCUAAAUAUUGUGGGAGUGUUGUGAUUAUCGUGUUACAGAUACUGAUAUUUGUUUUUUUCUUGUCAGCAAUAUAAACAUGGCUGCUGCUACUCGUAAUCUCAAGAAGUAAUGAAGUUUGUUUAUUAAACAGCGAUUAUUUCAUUCCAGUAUGAUUAUUCGACGCCCAGGCUGUGUCUGCAUGUCAGGCUGUGGUCUGGGUGAACUAUGAACUUAUUUAGUUGUCUAUUUCCAUGUGCCCUACAGCACAGUUGGUGGAAUGUUAGAAGUGAUCAGUAUUUGUCAGAGGAGUUUACUCACAGAAUGGGUGUGAAUGCUUCUACCUCGCCUGGGACUGAUGCUAGUCUGGUAUCAGGAUUGGGAGGAGAUUCCUGCACUUCUGUAUAUAGGGAUACCAUAGGAAUUGUAAGGGAAAGGAAGAAAAAAGCAACAGGCUUUGCCACUUUAAAAAAGAAGUUCAUUCGAAGAAGACGUUCUUCAAAAGUUUGUGAUCAUGGCAAAAUGCUUCGGGAGCUCGUUUCUGACUGGAGUCCACUAGAAGUAGCCGCGUUAUUGGAGGAGUACGAAGCAUUAGCAGCUCUAAAAGACUUAUGUGUUCAGGCAGAAUUGGCUAGACCACCUGCCGCCACUUUCAAACAGGAUCUCUCAGCAUUGUAUGACUUCAAAUAUUGCACUGAUGCCGAUUUGGUUUACAGAGGUGCCUGUUUUCCUAUACAUCGCGCGCUUCUCUCAGCGCGAUGUCCCUAUUUCCGAGAUCUCCUGGCGGGGUGCCCUGGAUAUGGGGCCCGCAUUUGCCUAGAGCUACGGACUGCUACUGUCGAUGUUCAACUAUUUUCUGCCUUGUUAAGGUACUUGUACACUGGAGAUAUUUGUCCUCACAAUACUAACAUUGAUAUGAACCUGCUAAGAAGACUGAGAGAGGAGUUCGGCACUCCUAAUGCGUUAGAAGCUGAUUUAAGGUAUUUGCUUGAAACCGGUGAUUAUGCAGAUGCAGCGCUAGUGUUCACGUCGGAUGGAUCUGACUGCCAGAGGCCUGAUUCGGGGAGCUCAGAGUAUGGAUUUAGACCUAAGUUAGAGUUGCCUUGUCACAAGGCUAUACUCUCUGCUAGAUCUCCGUUUUUCAGAAAUUUGUUGCAAAGGCGCUCUAAGAGUGGGGAAGAACACACUGAAAGGGCACUCCACAUUCCUACGAGGAUAGUUCUAGAUGAAACAGUCAUUCCUAAAAGGUACGCUAGGGUUCUACUACACGCAAUUUACUUAGACCAAGUGGACCUAUCUUUGAUAUCGCGAGGUGGAUGUGGUGGAGGCUUAGGGGAGGCUCAAGCGUUGGCCCACACGGGUCGUGCUAGACCAUCUCCUUUGGAAGAAGCAAUGGAAUUGUAUCAGAUAGGUCGCUUUUUGGAAUUAGACAUACUGUCACAAGGCUGUGAAGAUUUAAUUUUGGAGUGGUUGUCGCUAGAUACUUUACCUGCUGUGCUACAGUGGGCCAGACAACCGCACGGGUCAGCCUGGGUGCAUCGACAGGCCUUACAUUUUUUAAGGGAAGAAUUUCAGCCGGUGGCUCAGUCUCCUGUGUUGCAUCAACUGGAUAAGACACACAUUAUUGAAGUUUUGAAAAGUCCUUUUUUGCAAGCCAGCGAGUUGGAAGUACUGCAGGCUGUUCUCAAAUGGGGAGAGUAUCAACUUGUUAGACGAAUGGAGGACAGAGAGCCAAAUAUUGUAAGUCAUACCGCACAUUCGGUAGCUAGAAAAGGUGUAAAAAAGAGAGACUUAAGUGAUGUAGAAUUGAGAGAAAUUCUCUCUGAUCUUCUGCCUCUUGUUAGAAUGGACCACAUACUGCCAACCAAUAGCGAUGUACUAAACCAAGCCAUCCGUAGAGGGUUAGUAAGUACACCUCCCAGCCAUAUGAUAGGGGGUGAGCGUGAGAAUCUAAGAGUAAAUGCUUGGAUUAGGGGAAAAAACAACGGAUUGUUUAUUCAACCUAGAUUAUUUAUUCCUUAUUAUGAUGAGGUGAAGGUACUUGUUGAAGAUCAGCUGGUGCAGGAAGUAGAAAUGAUGCGGCUGCGAAGAGCCCGGUACAUGCAAGACAUUCCAGAUACUCUGUACAUGGUGGAAGAAAAGCCCCGUCGUCAAGGCCCAGCGGGUGUCGACGUUCUGGCUUCGGUGCUUCCCGUACCAGAUCCGACUGUGAUGAAUGCGAUGCUAAAAAGAGAACAAAAACUGCGCCAAUCACCAAGUUGCCAACGUGCCCUCAACAUGCCUUUAUCUUCACGCCACGAAAUAAAUAGACAAAUCAGGUUAAGGGUAGUUCGUGAAUUUAAUCUGCCUGAUCCCGUAGCUGAUAUGUUAGAAAAUUGUUACUGUGUACCCGAACAAAGUGAUAACGAAUCAAUGCAGAUAUCUCCGAAUAAGCCAGUAAUGAGCGCGUCGCACGGAUGUUACAGCAAAAAUUUGAGUUUCCCACGAACGGGAUACUCGCAACGGCAGGAGUUGCCUGCAGUGGUGCCUGAUGGUGAAUUCCGUUUCGCCCCGGAACCAGAAAGUAGUUCUUGCAGUGAUGGUCAUCUGUCUGAUAUUAUGCCCGAUGUGGCUAUGGCCACUGCUUCUAUGGGACAGAUCCAACUCCAGGACCAACAAGAAAUGGAGCUGGAUCUGGGCGAUGGUAACACAAGACUGCACAAUACCAUUGGAGGACUACAGGUCAUGUCGGGCUCCCUACAUCAUCCAAUUUCGUACAGACGGUAUCCACCCUCUAGUUACAUGCAUCUAAGGUCAGAUUCCCAGUCUUAUAAUCCGCCAAUGCCAAGGUUUCUAUAGUUUUAAGAUCUUUUGAUUCUGCUUAUUGUAAAUUGUCUAUCCCUAGGAAGCAUUUUCUACAAUAACUUGGCUGUCAACAAUUAUUUUCAUUUCUAGAAGUGGUAAUGGCUGAAUAAUUAUUAAAAUAAAGCCUGGUGCAUUUGAACUAAAAAAAAACAAAAAAUUUUGGCUUAAUUGUUUGAAAACAUGUUUUUUGUCUUUUAAAUGGGGUUCUUGUAGGGUCUAACACAUAUAACUAACUACAAGGGAAUAUGAAUUACCUGAUUUAUUGUAGCGAUUAUAACUGUAAUUAUGGGUUAUACACGAACACGAAUAUAAAUGCCAUUGCUUGAACAAUAAAGACAUAAUUUUUUGACUUUAUACAAUUCGUCGCUGGAAAGGCAAAGGACGUAAGUUAGAAAAUUGCCCAAUUUGACUUAAAACCCCCCACAAAUCUGUUAAAGUGGAUACCUAUAAUGUGACUAAGGGGCGUAUCUCUCCUCCUUAUAGUUUACAUAAUAUGGCAAAUAAUAUGUGGACUUAUGCAUAAGCAAAGCACUAUACACCAAAAGUUUAAUUGCGUCUCCUGUAAAAUUACUAAAAUGGAGUUAUGUCUGUUUUUCCAGCGACGAAUUAUUUGAGAUUAAUAAGAGGGCAAAAAAUAGAACCUCGAAGUUGUUUUUCUUUUGUACAAGUAAUUGGUAUUUAAAUUUUAAAAUUAAUAUUUUACUAACUUAGAAAAUAUUUAAGUGAAUUUUAGAUGGCCAUGCAACAGUUUUAUAUCACUUACCCAUAUGUUACGGAGUAUCUAAGGGGGUGAUCAUUAAUUACGUGAGGUAUUUUUGAGGAUUUUUUUGACCCCCCUCCCCCCUGGUGAGAUGUCGUAAGAUUUUCCUCAACUCGCUCUCCCCUUCCCUAAUCUCACCUGAGAUUUUUCAAAAUUUGUGUUUUGAGUGUAAAUGCAUUGUAUUAUAAAAAAAAAACACAAAAGUAUGUUCUAUUACUUUUAUUUAAGACUAGCAAAGACUAGUAUUUGAGAAUAUUGCCGUAAUUUAAAAUCACAGUGAUAAAAAUAAAUAAAUACUUAAAAGAAAAUUAAUAGAUUUAUUCUAAUUCAGUCCAUGGGGCCUCGUGCAUAAUAUAAGAUUUUGCCAUAUUUUAUUCUAGAAACAUUCUUUACUCUAAUUUAACUUUACUUUCAUGCAAUUUUACACCGUUUUCUACUAGAAAAAAAA